AAUAAUACAAUCGAAAACAAUCAUGGUCAAGCGUAAACGAACAUGGAGUGCAACACAAGCGGCCAAUCAUGAACAACCGGGAGCGGGCAGAUUGAGUCCCAAUGUAGAACAACAUCAAAGUCCAUUCAGGAUUCCCCAGUCGAACAAUGUAUCGGAGAGAAAUCCGCAACAUCAACCCGGAGAGUCGACUGCAGUACCGCCACUGGUGGAGGUCUUGCCUUCUAUUACGCGCAAAAUCACCGCAUGUGCCGCCUGUAGGAAGAACAAGAUCCGAUGUGACAUGCCGGAGGAUGGCCCUCCUUGUGUUCGGUGUCGACGCCGAUCGCUUUCCUGCGUGUUGAAUCGUAGUCUUCAGUCGCUGGUUGAAGACGUGAAAAAUGUGGAGCUGGUACAAUCUGACCUGCGAAAUCUGCAUGACACAGUUGACAUCAUUUGCCAACACUUGGAUCUCGGCCGGCCAAAGCCACUGGUAAACGACCAUGGAAAAGCGAGGGAGAACCUUCCAGUGAGCGGAGAGCCCGACCGUGAAGAAAGCGAGGGAUGCGAAGUGUCACCACCCGAUUCACCUUCUGCUGUCCAUGCUCCCAUUGACACAUUUCUUGAUAUCGCUAAGUUCGGGAGUCCCAAAUCCGUCGAGUCGCCACCUGGUCGUCGCGCUAGUCGUUCGACUCAUGGAGAUGAUCUCAUUACCAAGGGCAUUGUGUCAGUCACAGUAGCCGAGCAGCUGUUACAUCGGUACUUUUCGCGUCUUGACCAUUACCUAUACGGAAUAUGCAGUGAGCAUCACGACCUACACCAGCUACGAACCACGUCUCCCAUCCUCCUUGCCGCCAUCUGUACCGUGUCAGCCCUCCAUGACCCCCAGGACCAAAAGUACUAUGCAGCAUGUAAUAGAGAAUUCCGCGCCCUCGUGAUGCGGUCACUGUUUGAAAAGCGCGAUGUUGGAUAUCUGAGGGCUUUGUGUAUCGCCUCGUUCUGGCUCGCCGAUGCUUCGCGAAUUCUCUGCAGUGAUGCCAUUAGACGCGCAGCAGACAUCCGUCUUCAUCGCAGCUUCGACUAUCUCAUUGGGGCCCGUGACCCGGAGACCUGCUCCCCGUCUUCAGCAAACCCGACUGCCGCUGUGGAUCGAGUGCGAUUGUGGUACCUCCUGUUCGUAUGCGAUCAACAUCUCUCGAUUUUGCACAACCGUGACUCCCUCCUGCGCAGCGACAAAGACAUAGCAGUGAGCUGGGAAACAUACUUACAUCGAGCCGAGACCACGGAAUCAGAUGUUCGGAUCCUUUCCCAAGUAUCCCUAUUAUUAAUCAUGGGUCAGGUCCGAGAUGUGUUGGGGUCCGACAACCAGACGCAGCUGCCACCGACUCUUACACACCACAUCACAAAUUACUCAAGACAGCUAGACAAAUGGUUCGCCAAAUUUUCUGCGCUGUUCAUCACAAACGCAUAUAUUGGCGAUUUCCCCAGAAAGGGCUUGGAGCUGCACUACCAAUUUGGCAAACUCUACCUUGGUCAUCAGGUAUUUAAAGGACUUCAUGGUAAUGCCAUCCCCAUGCAUUUCGUCUCUGCCGCCAAUAUGGCCCAUGAUGCAGCUCUUGGAAUCUACGAGAUGAUUCUAAAUGACCACCAGCUGAAGGAUAGUCUCGUGGGCAUGCCUCACUACUUCCAUAUCAUGAUUGCCUUUGCUGGUCAUCUGUUGCUGGAGAUAUGUCACAACCACCACGAACAACUCUCUAUCAAUGUACAGGAGGAAUUUCAUCUGAUUGGCGCCGUUCUAGACCUGUUCCGCAAUCAAAACUGCAUUCCUCAGCACCCAAUCCGGCGCAUGGCCCCUGGUCUGAGUCGGAAGCUCUCCAGUUGUGCUGUCAACCUAGGGAUUAAUAAUCUGGGCGACGGCCACCAAACAACUCAGAAUCCGUACAUUGCAACUACAGACGGACAAGGCUUCACGAACGCAACUCAGCAUUUCGGAAAAGACCCGGUUCACUUUCCUGUCGACCCCACGGGGCCCCAGAUGGAUGAUUUUCUAUUCGGCGAUAUUGGAGAAUUCACGUUCCCAGACCUGGCAUCCAGCUUUCUGCCGUAGGGUAUCGCAGACCAAAUAU